AUGUUCAACAUGUUCAAGUUCAACAUGUCACGCUCGCAAUUCGAGCUGGCAAAGUUCACGUUCUACCUACUCACGCCAAUCUCCAUCAUGUACUACGUGGGUAUCGACACAGACAAGAAGUUUAAUGUUCCCGGCUUCUGGCCGGAUCCAGACACCCUCAACAAGAUUCCGAAGGAGCCUUACGAAAUCCAGGCCGAGCUUGCACGCAUGAAUGCCGCCAAGGCAGAAAAGAGACGCCGUCUAGAACAGAAGGCCGCAGAGCUGGGCAUCACCGAGGAAAAUUAA